UCCCCUUGUCCCAGGACUGCGGCGGCUAUAUCCCAUAGGUAAGUCCUUGUUUGACUGGUAGGUCUCGAAUGCCUCAGUCACUGAUUUCACAAUAGUCAAUAUGUGAAUUCUGCACAGCAUAUUCCUCUUCCAUUGAAUUCUCCCUCGACUACCGGGAUUGCUGAAGCCAAAUCUCCCCUGCCGAUGUUCUGGGUGAAGGAGAAAGACACCCCUAUUGAAUUUCUGCCUUCCGAUUUUGUCCACGAAUCUUACAAUGUUUUCCGAAAACGAGCUCUUGAGAAACGAAAUUUAACGGCAGCCCAAGGUGACCGUGACAUGGAUGUUUUGUACCAAUUCUGGUCGCAUUUCUUGGUCCAAAAUUUCAAUGCACAAAUGUACAAUGAUUUUAGGAGUCUAGCGCUUGAUGAUAUUUCUGCACGAUACGCCAGCUACGGGUUCAACAGGUUUAUACACUUUUACGGUGCUUCUUUGUCGAGCAACAAGGUCUUACCUGAUGAGGUUGUCCGAGACCUGGUUGACUUUGGCCGGGAAGAAUCUACGAGUCCAAGCGGGCGUAUUGUUUUCCAGACUUUACGUUCAGCCUGGCAAAGUCGAUCUUUCAACCCGAGAACCCGCAAAAAGAUUGACUGUGUUCUCGAUGCUAGCUUGAGAGCCGAACUGGAAAAGUGAUUUUGUUCCGUUUCAUUAUUUUUUAUUUUUUAUUUUCG